AGUAAAGUUCCUUCUUCCACUUCCUCCCUCCCUGCAACCUGCCGCUCACUUCAGCUCAAGAUUUGAUACUUACAUUUGCCUGUGUGUCCCUGCUGUUUGCCUUGGCCUGACUUUCCUUUGCCCCAGGUGCUGUCCUCAGCCACAAGUCCAGAGACAUGCAAGCCAUCAAAUGUGUUGUGGUGGGAGAUGGAGCGGUGGGGAAAACCUGUCUCCUUAUCAGCUAUACCACCAAUGCCUUCCCAGGAGAAUACAUCCCCACUGUGUUUGAUAACUAUUCCGCCAACGUGAUGGUUGACAGCAAGCCUGUAAAUCUGGGGCUAUGGGAUACUGCUGGACAAGAGGAUUAUGACCGUUUGAGGCCCCUCUCUUACCCACAGACGGAUGUGUUCCUGAUCUGCUUCUCCCUUGUCAGUCCAGCAUCUUAUGAAAACGUCCGAGCUAAGUGGUUCCCUGAGGUGCGGCAUCACUGCCCCAAUACUCCCAUCAUUCUGGUGGGCACAAAGCUGGAUCUUCGUGAUGACAAGGACACCAUUGAGAAGCUGAAGGAAAAGAAGCUAUCCCCCAUUACAUAUCCUCAGGGUCUUGCCCUGGCUAAGGAAAUCGACUCUGUGAAAUACCUUGAGUGCUCGGCAUUGACGCAGCGUGGCCUCAAGACAGUGUUUGAUGAGGCCAUUCGAGCAGUGCUCUGUCCUCAGCCCACCCGGCCAAAGAAACGAAUAUGCAACCUCCUCUAGGAGGAUCUCGGCCCUGUCCCGAUGCCAGGCUCUGUCCGACGCACAGGAGAGCAAUGGCUCCAGCAUCCCGGAGCUCAGUACCUUGUGGCAGUCACUGCGCUUUUUACUUCUGCUGGCUUGAAAGACUGUUGUGGGUCUGUAGCACUGGUUUGUCUAUUUGCACAAUUUCCCCACACUUACUCCACCCUGGCCACUUCUUCCCUCCCUCACAGUAUAGCACAAGACCCAAUAAACAGACUGUACAUUCCUGCUA